AUGACUUCUAUUACGCGAAAUUUACCCUGGUUUGUCAAGGACCUCGGCAUUUCCGUCGUCGGCCAGAAAUGCUACGUUAGCUUGAUCGAAAACCUGGACUUCAAUGACUUCGUAUGCAUCAAAUAUUCGAUUUCCAAAGGCCUUGGAGUAGGCAUCGUUGUUGGGGGUUCCAUCAUGAAAGUGCCCCAGCUGAUCCUCAUUCUCUCCGCACAGUCUGCGCGUGGUCUCUCUCUCCCCGCGUACAUCCUCGAGACACUAUCGUAUGCAAUAACCCUUGCUUACUCCUACCGCAACGAGUUUCCGUUCUCCACAUAUGGCGAGAACUUGUUCUUGACCAUUCAGAACGCCAUCAUCACUCUCUUAAUCAUGUUCUAUCAGUCCCCGCGUCAGCUCACCAGUACGCAAUCACCUGCACCUCGAAUUGCUUCCGCCGUGCUUGCAAUGGUUCUCGCUGCAUGUGCGUUCAUUGCGCUACCCGUUUCAGCGCUCGCUCCUCUGCAGAUCGCGACGCUUCCUCUGUCUCUCUUUUCUAAGCUGCCUCAAAUCCGCCAAAACCACCGCUCCCAAAGCACUGGUCAGCUUUCUGCCUUUGCCGUAAUUGCGCAGAUCGGUGGCUGUCUCGCUCGGCUGUUCACCACUGCAACCGAAGUGGGCGAUCUGCUUAUCAGCGCUGGUUUUGCCCUUGCGCUUGUCCUGAAUUGCGUUCUCGGCGCACAGAUGUGGAUGUAUUGGGGGAUGGACGAGAAGGAAGAAUUGGGUAAGGCCCCGCUUACCAUCCCGCCGAAUGAAAAAGAGAAGAUACAGUGGCGAGCUGUGAGCCCCCAGGUUGAAGUUAUUGUACCACCGCAGUCGCCGAGGACCCCAACCGGGAGGAAGUGGGCAAGGAAGGUUGAUUGA